CAGCGCACGGUUUGCGCGCACAGCACAGGCAGCAUGAGGAGCUGAUGCAACAAGGCGGAGGCCGCCGCAGGAGGCGGGCGGCUCAGCAGCGCGUGCGCGCGAAGCCGGGCCGCGGGGACGACUCUCGCCGGCCGCUGGGGCACGGCACUCGGCGGCUCCGCUCCCCCGCCCUCGGUCUGACGCAAUGCAUCUGCGCUCUGCCCCUUGUCACGGGCCAAUCGCAUGCUCCUCGGUGCUUGGCGUCGGACAGCACUGGCCAAUGGGGCCGAGCCACGCUGGCAGAACGCGGGCGGAGCGGGCGGAACGCGGGGCGCCCAGCGUUCGGCCAGUGGAACGUCGGCGGCGCCAGCGUUCGCAGCAGCUCCGCGCCCGCCAUGGCGGCGCUGCCCGGUUCCGCGGCCCCGCGGCUGCUCCUCAUCCCCGGCCAAGCAGCCGAGCCCCUGGGCGCCGCAGCCAGCCGGCCCCUCUCCGUGGCGCUCCCGGUGGGGGGCCCGCGCUCCCCCAGCCCGGAGCCCCAGCCGCCGGCCCGCAAGCGGCAGCGGCUCACUCACCUGAGUCCGGAGGAGAAGGCGCUGCGCAGGAAGCUGAAGAACCGCGUAGCGGCGCAGAGCGCCCGGGACAGGAAGAAGGCGCGGAUGAGCGAGCUGGAGCAGCAGGUCUUGGAGCUGGAGCAGGAGGUAGGGCUCGGGGGGCUCGGGCCGGCCGGCUGCGGAGGGCAGGGAGCCCUGCGCCGCAGGGCUGUAAAGCACAUUGCAGGCGGGGGGGAACGGAGCUGGCUGCUGCGGCCUGCUCCGCUGAGGUCGCCUGUGGGCUUCUUUCAGAACCAGAAUCUCCUGCUAGAAAACCAGCUCCUGCGGGAGAAGACCCAGGGGCUCGCCGUGCAGAACCAAGAGCUGCGCUAUCGGCUGGGGCUAGAUGCGCCGGAGACGGAGGAGGAGAGAGCGCCCGAGGUGGUGAUGGAAUCACAGGUGGAUGAAAUCAGGAUGGUGACCGGGUCCGCUGAGUCCGCAGCACUCAGACUACGUGUUCCUCUGCAGCAGGUGCAGGCCCAGCAGUCACCCCUCCUGACAGUCUCCACAUGGAUGCUGAUGGCAUUGACUCUUCAGACUCUGAGUCUGAUCUCCUGUUGGGCAUUCUGGACAGCCUGGACCCAGACAUGUUCCUCCGGUAUGGUAAUUCGGAGUCAUCGUGCUUGGAAGAGCUGGAGGAAGAAAUCUGUGGAAAAGAAUCAGAUUCCUUACCAGCCUCCCCCACUCCCUCUGUGGGGUCCUCAUCAGCCAAGUUGGAGGCCAUUAAUGAACUGAUCCGGUUUGACCAUGUGUACACCAAGCCCCUGAUCUUUGAGAUCCCUGCUAAAAUGGGCAGCCAAGCUGAUAUGUUAAUGAAAAUAGAGGAAGCAUCUCUCUCUCCCUCAGAAGACAAGGACCUCCCUGAGUCCCCAGUCUCAGUGAAAGAGGAACCUAUAGAUAAUUUUUUGCCUGAGCUGGGUAUCUCAAACCUGCUCUCAUCUGAUCACAGCCUUGAGACCUCUUGCUGUCUGUUGGAUGCACGUAGUGACUCUGGAUAUGAAGGAUCCCCUUCUCCCUUCAGUGAUCUGCCCUCUCCACUGAGCACAGACCAUUCUUGGGAAGAUACUUUUGCCAAUGAACUUUUUCCCCAGUUGAUCAGUGUCUGAUUUAUUCAUUAGUGUUGCAUCUCUCUUCUGUGGAGCAACACUUUACAAUCUAUGCAGGGUAGUAAGAACCAUCUCCCCUUUUUCUUAAGCCAGGAGUAAAGUAGAUGGCUAUUUCUUAAAGAACAUUACUCUUUAAAGUGUUUUCACCAAAGCCAGUAUUUUGCUAAUUUGUGCCCAUCUCAGACUCAGAAUACAACUGGGUAUAAUAGUGCCCUUUGUACCACUACUUUCUCUUGGAAAGGAAAUGGUUAAUCUCCCUUAUCAGAGACCAAAAGUAAUAUCCUCAAAGAAAUAAGUGCUCUUGUACCUAAACUGUACCUUGCCCAAUUUGGGCAAACCCUCAGUACCUAGGAGAAAUUUACUUUGGGGUAGUGGGAGGAGUUUAAGUCCUUGGCACAGCAAUAGCCUGCUUAGGCAGUAGGGCUAUGUUUCCCUCCAUGUACAGACAGUUGGCUCAACAUAAGAUUAAAAAUCUCUUGUAAAUUUUACAUAACUUACUAUGUAAAUGCUUAUGAAAGUUUUCUAUUGCUACUUAGUUUCAGUGAUUUGCUUUCUCCAUUUAAUAUUUAAAAGUACCUGUGCAAUUAAAAAAGUGCAAUGAA